AUGGCGACCAACAGCGGCAGAGGAAACCCCAUCGGCGCCAGUGAGGGCAUUCAGGACGCUACCAGUACUCCUCCAGCCGUCCCCGCCCAGGAGAAGAAGGAGAUCGCCCAAUCUACUACCGAAACUCAUGCUUCUGGUCAAGAUGCCGGCGCUGCUGCUGCUGCCGGCGGCUCUCCCAAGGUGAAGACCGAGAAGGAGUUGGAGAAGGAGCGAAAGAAGGCCGAGAAGCAGGCCAAGUUCGAAGCAAAGAAGCAAAAGGCUGCGGUCGCCGCCCCCAAGGCUCCUAAGGAGAAGAAGCCCAAGGAGAAGAAGGCUGAGGAGGAGCCCAUUCCCGAAUACGUCGAGGACACCCCCAAGGGUGAGAAGAAGCGAAUCCGAUCGUUCGAUGACCCCAAUUUCAAGGCAUACGACCCUAUUGCCGUCGAGUCCGCAUGGUACGAUUGGUGGGAGAAGGAGGGUUUCUUCAAACCCGAAUUCAAGCCUGAUGGAAAUAUCAAGGACGAAGGAAAGUUCGUCAUUGUUCAUCCUCCUCCCAACGUCACCGGUGCCCUUCACAUGGGACACGCUCUUGGCGAGUCUCUCCAGGAUCUUAUGAUCCGAUGGAGUCGAAUGCAUGGCAAGACCACCUUAUGGGUUCCUGGCUGUGAUCAUGCCGGUAUUUCUACUCAGAGUGUCGUCGAGAACAUGCUUUGGAGAAAACAUGGCCAGACCCGACAUGACCUUGGCCGUGAGAAGUUUGUCAACACUGUUUGGGAGUGGAAGGAGGACUAUCACAAGCGCAUCAAUAAUACUCUGUGCAAAAUGGGAGGAUCUUAUGACUGGAGCCGAGAGGCUUUCACCAUGGACAAGAACCUGUCCGCUGCCGUCACUGAGACUUGGGUCAGGCUCUACGAGGAGGGCACCAUUUACCGAGCCAACCGACUUGUCAACUGGUGCACCAAGCUCAACACUACGCUUUCUAACCUUGAGGUCGUCAACAAAGAACUGACCGGCCGCACCCUGCUCGAUGUCCCUGGAUACGACAAGAAGGUCGAAUUCGGUGUUAUCGUUCACUUCAAGUACCCCGUCGAGGGAUCUGAUGAGCUUAUUGAGGUCGCUACCACCCGUAUUGAGACUAUGCUGGGCGACACCGGCAUCGCUGUUCACCCCAAGGACGAUCGAUAUAAGCACCUCAUCGGCAAGACUGCCAUCCACCCUUUCAUUGAGGGCCGUAAGCUUCCUAUCGUCGCCGACGAGUACGUCGACAGAGAGUUCGGUACUGGUGCUGUCAAGCUCACUCCCGCCCACGACCCCAACGAUUUCACUCUCGGACAGAAGCACGGCCUUGAAUUCAUCAACAUCUUGACUGACGAUGGCUUGAUGAACGAGAACGCCGGUGCCUACAAGGGUCAGAAACGAUUCGACGUCCGUUACACCAUCCAGGAUGACCUCAAGGCCAAGGGUCUCUACGUCGACAAGAAGGACAACGCCAUGAAGGUUCCUCUGUGCGACAAGUCCAAGGACAUCAUUGAGCCCAUUAUGAAGCCUCAAUGGUGGGUCCGCAUGAAGGAGCUCGCCGAGCCUGCCAUUGCUGCUGUACGAGACGGUAGCAUCAAGAUCCGACCCGAGAGCGCCGAGAAGAGCUAUUAUCGAUGGCUCGAGGACAUCCAAGACUGGUGCAUCAGUCGGCAGCUCUGGUGGGGUCACCGAUGCCCCGUCUACUUUGCCAAGAUUGAGGGUGGUGCUGAAGAUAUCCCCGAGGAGAAGCUUUGGUUCGCCGGCCGAACUCGACAGGAGGCUGAGGAAAAGGCCAAGGCCGCCCUGCCUGGCAAAACGUACACUCUUGAGCAAGAUGAAGACGUUCUCGACACAUGGUUCUCUUCUGGUCUCUGGCCCUUCAGCACCCUGGGCUGGCCUAACCAGACACAUGAUCUUGAGAAGCUCUACUCUACAGAGGUCCUUGAGACAGGUUGGGAUAUUCUCUUCUUCUGGAUUGCCAGAAUGAUCUUCUUCGGUAUCAAGUUGACUGGCAAGGUUCCGUUCAAGGAGGUCUACUGCCACGUUCUUGUCCGUGACUCCGAGGGUCGCAAGAUGAGCAAGAGCCUGGGUAACGUCAUCGACCCCCUCGACGUUAUUUCGGGUGUCGGGCUUCAAACUCUUCACGACAAGCUCACUCAGGGUAACCUGCACCCUAACGAGGUCGCCAAGGCCACCAAGUACCAGAAGACUGCCUUCCCUGAUGGUAUUCCCCAGUGUGGUGCCGAUGCUGUGCGUUUCACCAUGAUCAACGCUACCACUGGUGGCACUGAUAUCAACCUGGAUGUCAAGGUUAUCCACGGAUACCGUAAGUUCUGUAACAAGAUUUUCCAGGCUACCAAGUACGUCUUGGGAAGUCUUCCUAAAAACUUCACUCCCGCCAAGUCAGGUAUCGCCCGUGGCGAGACCCUUGCUGAGCGAUGGAUUCUUCACAAGAUGAACAGCGCUGCCAAGGAGAUCAACCGUGCUAUUGAGGACCGUGAGUUCUCCAAGUCGACAUUGAUCGUUUACAGAUACUGGUACAACGAGCUGUGCGAUGUCUACAUCGAGAACUCCAAGGCCAUUAUCCGUGACGGUACCGAGAAGGAGCGUGAGUCUGCUAUCCAGACUCUCUACACUGCUCUCGAGACCGCUCUUACCAUGAUCCAUCCCUUCAUGCCUUUCAUUACUGAGGAGAUGUGGCAGCGAAUGCCCCGACGGCCUGAAGACCAGACAAAGUCCAUCGUCGUUGCCAAGUACCCCACAUACAAUGAGAAGCUUGAUGACCCCGAGUCUGAGCGUGCUUACGAGCUUGUCCUUGGCUGCUCCAAGGCUGCUCGAUCAUUGAUGGCUGAGUAUGCCCUCAAGGAUGAGGCUGAAGUCAUCAUCCAGGCUUACAACGAUACCUCUCUCACCACUGUCAAGGAGCAAGCGUCUUCCAUCAAGAGUCUGAGUGGCAAGGGUAUCAAGGGCGUUGAGAUCCUUGACUCCGAUGCCAGCCGUCCCGCUGGAUGUGUUGCCUACCCCGUCUCUACCGAGGCUUCCGUCUUCCUUCACGUCAAGGGCCGCGUUGAUAUCGAUGCCGAGAUUGCCAAGGCUCAGAAGAAGCUCGACAAGGCCAAGAGCAGCAUCCAGAAGCAGGAGAAGAUCCUCAAUGACCCUGGUUACCUCGAGAAGGUUUCCGAUGCCAUCCGAGAGACAGAUGAGAAGAGGCUGUCCGAUGCCAAGCAGGAGAUGAACAGCUUCGAGGAGACAAUCAAGCAGUUCGAGCAGCUGAAGCUGGAGUAA